UUCUUCAGCUUCCGACAAAUUCAUUGGAGGGAGGAGUGUUUCUUGCUUCAUCUUUCUCACGCUUUCAUCACCAAUUCGCCAUUGAUGAUGCCUUGAAAAACAAAAGAAUAAGUUUUGGUCGAGAAGCAAUCAGGGUUCAGAUCAGGGUUCGCUUCAGCAACAGGACAAUUUCUCUUGUAACAUUCUUCUUCGUUUCAGCCCUUUUCAGCAGGGAUGUACAGGGAAAUUAUACUGAUCUUGUUGACUGGUUUGGUGGCAUGGGCAUACCAGGCCAUUCAGCCUCCACCUCCCAAAAUCUGUGGAACUCCAGAUGGCCCUCCUAUCACCGCCGAUAGAAUAAAACUGAGGGAUGGAAGGCAUUUGGCCUACAAAGAGCAUGGUGUGUCAAAAGAAAUGGCAAAGCAUAAGCUCAUCUUUGUUCAUGGUUUCUCUGGUUCUAGACUUACCGAGUCCCUUGUCACAAGGCUAUCCCUGGAAGUUGUUCAAGAGCUAGGUGUAUACAGCGUGUCGCUUGAUAGACCGGGGUACGGAGAAAGUGAUCCUGACCCGAAGCGAACGAUGAAGAGCUUGGCCCUUGAUAUUGAAGAGCUUGCUGAUCGGUUGGGACUUGGAUCCAAAUUUUAUGUAGUUGGAUAUUCUAUGGGAGGCCAUGCUGUCUGGAGCUGCCUCAAAUACAUACCUCAUAGGCUAGCAGGAGCAGCACUAAUGGCACCUGUUAUCAACUAUUGGUGGCCUGGCUUGCCUGCAAACUUAUCUAAAGAAGCAUACAGUCUGCAGCUUCCUCAAGAUCAAUGGGCCUUGCGUGUUGCUCACUAUAUGCCUUUUUUAGUCUAUUGGUGGAACACUCAGAAGCUUUUUCCUUCAUCUAGUGUCAUUUCUCGUAGACCUGAAAAUUACUCCCCUCAAGAUCUCCAAAUUCAACAAAAAAUUGCCCUUAGACAGGAUCACAGGGAAAUGGGCGGAGUGGCAACUCAGCAAGGAGUAUUCGAGUCCUUACAUCGUGACAUGAGGAUCGGCUUCGGGAAGUGGGAAUUUGAUCCCCUCGAUCUCGACAACCCUUAUCCGAACAACGAGGGCAGUGUUCACCUUUGGAUGGGGGAUGAAGAUCGGUUGGUGCCGGUUAUCCUUCAACGCUACAUUGCCGAAAGACUACCAUGGAUUAAGUACAAUGAGGCAGCUGGUGCUGGCCAUUUGUUUGCGUAUGCUGAUGGGAUGGGUGAAGCUAUCGUGAGGGCGCUUGUGGAUGGACACAAGUAGUAUUUUUCUUAGUAUUGUUUUACGUUCACGAGCUGUUGAAUAGCAUAAAUAUAAAUUACAUCCACAGCUUAAGUUCCCAGAAAUUGCAGAAUUUCCGAUUGUUGUGAUCUUUAAUGAAAUAAAUUUUGCUUCAUUGUGUUC